AUGUUGCGACCAGAAUCACCUCUCGCUGAUCAUCGCAGCCUCCUGCCGCGGCGUCUGCUGCCGGCUAAGGCGCAGAUAGCACCCGCAGAUAAGAAGAAAAACCGUAGAUCUCUAGAGCUAAACCCUCCGUCCAACGACCAUGCACCCUACGACUACCCCAAACUCCUCAUCUCGAAAACCACCGACUCCCUAAACACAGAAUGUCCAAGGAAACUAAUAAACAAGCAAGACUCAUCUGAUAGUUUGAAACGGGCACUUUUGUCUAAAGACGACAAAAAGUGCCCAAUAAAAGAAUCUGAUAAAAAGACUAUAGUUAAACAAGAUUCCAGUGAAAGUUUGAAAAAGUCAUUGCUAUGCCGGCAAGACUCGAACGACAGUGCGAAGAGGCGUGAUUCUGAUCCUAAAUGGUUGCAGCGGCAGGAUGAGAGUAAGCGAAGUCUCGAGGUAAAACGAGGAGGAGAUAAAAAAGGAUUGCUCGAGACUGAUAUAGAUGAUACUUGUAAACGUAUAUACGAGAGAAGGACAGGGUGUGCUCGUCCUACACUACCGCCUGUGGCUGAGAAGGGAGUAUCUCCCAAAUCGCCAAACGGAAGUCCUCUAACUCCUGGAGUAGCAGCGGUCGCCGAAGGGGUGGUUCGUUGGGGAAGUGGACUUUUGUCUCCAAAAGAUGAGCCGAGAUUAAGGCCUGCAAGAAGCUGGUAUGGAUAUGGGACCUUACCAACUGACGGAGAUAAGAUGGGAGCAGGCGCGAACGGCCCAGGCGGUCGGAGAGCGUUAGAGCUGAUCCUCAGUGGCGGUCUAAAGUCGUUAGCGAGGCCGGCCAAGCCUGUAAGACGAGCGGCCUCGCGUGACUCUGUGUUGUCUCAACCUCAGCCGUUACUUGAAGGUCUAAGAAAAUGCUCGACGGUCUUAGCGCUAACGGAUAGAGAGAAAGCCCCGGAACCGAUCAGAGCUCACAACCGACUGCGCGCGCCUUCCGUCUGCUCCCGAUGCUCCUCGCUACUGUCCCUCGCGGGCGCGGGCGGGUCCAGGUACUCCCUAGACGGUGCGGGGGGAGGCUUUGUACCGGCCGCGCCUAUCAAUUGCAAACUUUGUUUAGAAGACGCAACACCAGACAAGAUCACACUCAUCUCAGGAUGCGGCUGCUCUUUUUGCACUAGGUGUAUGAAGGCGUACGUUGAGUUCGAAGUAUGUAACGGCGCCUACGAGGUGUCGUGCCCGGACGACAGGUGCUCGGCCGGCGCAGCGCUCUCCUUGGACGAGAUAUCGGCCCUUGUAGCGCCCUCGGUCAUGGAAAAACAUCUCAAGUUCAGACUUAAUCAUGAAGUGGCAAUGGACGCAAUGCGAGCGUUUUGCCCCCGACCGGGAUGUGACACUGUGGUCCAAGUGCGCGCCGCGAGCCCCGCACACUGUCCCACGUGCAGACAUGACUUCUGUUCGCAGUGCAACCAGGAGUGGCAUGGCGGCAUUUCCUGUGAAGCAGCGGCAGCAUCAUCUUCUAUGGCAGGCGCAGGAGCUCCCUUACUGCCUGACUCAGAACUGAUAAAACUUUGCCCAAUGUGUAGAGUGCCGAUAGAGAAAGAUGAAGGAUGCGCUCAAAUGAUGUGCAAGCGAUGCAAACACGUGUUCUGCUGGUACUGUUUAGCCUCGUUAGACGACGACUUCUUACUUCGACACUACGAUAAGGGACCGUGUAAAAAUAAACUUGGACAUUCAAGAGCUUCUGUUUUAUGGCAUCGUGCACAGGUGGUGGGCAUAUUCGCUGGUUUCGGCCUUCUAUUACUGGUGGCCAGUCCACUGCUGCUGCUGGCCGCGCCUUGCAUCGUUUGUUGUAAAUGCAGACUCUGCAAUCCGAAUACAAAGAAUCUAGAAGAAGUUGACGAAAUAGAAAGCAUCAGUCCCGGACGAGACGACGACGACAUAACUCGCGCAAGGUAUCGAUUUAACUACGACUUGAAACACUUUCUUUAUCGCUCUUCUUUACUGACGUUAUCAACAAACAAAGUGAUUAUUUUGCAUAUAAUAUGGCACAUAUUAAUAUUUAUC